UUAGAGGGCAAAGGAACAGCAGCUGCUCCCAUGCUCAAUCUGUGGCUGACUAUGAACUCUCUCUUGACCUCAAAAACAAGCAGAUCGAAAUGCUAGAGCAGAAAUAUGGGGGCCACCGCACCUCUCGCCGUGCCGCCUGCAAGAUCCAGACCGCCUUCCGCCAGUACCAGCUCAGCAAGAACUUCGAGAAGAUCCGCAACUCACUGCUGGAGAGCCGCCUGCCACGUCGCAUCUCGCUGCGCAAGGUGCGCGUGCAGAACACCGAGGGCUUCUCAGCUGAGCGGGCGCUGGCGGAGGGGUGUGGGUUGGCAGGUAUUCCCUUGGCGCGCUCCCCAUCCCUACCAGCCACUGUUGGGGGCAGCCUUACAGACUUAGAGGAUUCUUUUAAUGAACAAGUGCAGUCACUGGCCAAGUCCAUUGAUGAUGCGCUUAGCAAUUGGAGCCUGAAAACGAUAUGUUCUCUACAGGAUGGCAGCACAUAUCAAUUCAGCAGUGAGAGUUUCAGCUCAGCAAGGACACUUCAAGGUCUUGGAGAAGAGGACGACCUGUUGACCCCUGCGGGCCUCCAAAGCCACACAACAACGCAGGUGGAGAACCAUGAGAACAUAUCCCGCAAUACCAGCAAGUUGAUGAUGGCUUUUCGGGAUGUGACAGUGCAGAUCGAUAGCCAGAACUUCCAUGUCAUGUCAUCCUCCGUGAUGGAGUCUUCUACGUCAGUGUCGCUGGGAAACUUCGUCCAGCUGGGGGGAGAUGCAGGGGACGAGCCAAGAGAUUGCCAACCCCUGCCGAAAGAGAAUACUGUGGCAGCAGAGCAGCCGCCCGUAGCACCACCCGAGGAACCAGCUGCUCCUACGGAGCUAGAGUUUGGGGAGGGCCUGGACGAAGAGUUUCCUGCACCCCCAACCAGUCUGGAAGAGAUCGUGGAGGACGAACAGCCACACGUGGAGGAGCCACCUACUCCAGUGCCUCUAGCCCUAGAGAAAGCAGAGGUUUCAGGGGAAGAAUUUACAAGAAAAAGCACAGAAGCGGCUGCUUCUGCAGCGCCUCCACAGGCAGUAAGGGGCGGUACAAGCACACCUCCAGUAUUAGAGGCGCUGGAGUCCAAGCACAGUGAACUAGAAGCAACCGAAGACAGCUCAGAACAGAUGAGCAGCAGCAGCACAUCCACUUCUGCCCGCUCUGCCUCUGAGGCGUCAUCCAAAGAGGCCCUUCAGUCCAUGAUCCUCAGUCUACCGCGCUAUCACUGUGAGAACCCCGUCAGCUGCAAGUCCCCCACCCUUUCCACUGAUAUCAUGCGGAAGCGUCUCUACCGCAUUGGCCUCAACCUCUUCAACAUAAACCCAGACAAAGGCCUUCAGUUCCUCAUCUCCCGGGGGUUCAUUCCAGACACGCCCAUUGGGGUGGCUCACUUCCUGCUCCAGAGGAAAGGCCUGAGCCGGCAGAUGAUCGGAGAGUUUCUAGGCAGCAGCAAGAAGCCCUUCAACCGGGAUGUGCUUGAUUGUGUAGUGGAUGAGAUGGACUUUUCGGGGAUGGAGUUGGACGAGGCACUAAGGAAAUUCCAGGCACACAUUCGAGUUCAAGGAGAGGCACAGAAGGUGGAGCGACUGAUAGAGGCCUUCAGCCAGCGCUACUGUAUGUGUAACCCAGAUGUGGUGCAGCAGUUCCACAAUCCAGACACCAUCUUCAUCUUGGCUUUUGCCAUCAUUCUUCUCAACACAGAUAUGUACAGCCCUAACAUAAAACCUGACCGCAAGAUGAUGCUCGAGGACUUCAUCCGGAACUUAAGAGGAGUGGACGACGGGGCCGAUAUACCCCGGGACAUGGUUGUAGGCAUUUAUGAGCGCAUUCAACAGAGGGAACUUCGCUCCAAUGAGGACCAUGUCACCUAUGUUUCCAAGGUGGAGCAAAGCAUCGUUGGAAUGAAGACCGUGCUGGCAGUUCCCCAUAGGCGGCUGGUGUGCUGCAGCCGACUCUUUGAAGUAGCGGAUGUGACCAAGGCCCAGAAACAGGCCGCCCAUCAGAGGGAGGUCUUUCUCUUCAAUGACCUCAUCGUGAUCCUGAAGCUGUGUCCAAAGAAGAAGAGUACUGCAGCCUACUCCUUCUGCAAAGCCAUGGGCCUGCUCGGCAUGCAGUUCCACCUGUUCGAAAACGAGAAUUACUCCCAUGGCAUUACAAUCUUGUCUCCAUUCUCUGGCCUGGACAAGAAGCAGAUCCUGAGUUUCUGUGCACAGAGUGCGGAGGAACUGCUCAAAUUCCUGGAAGACCUGAAGGAGUCCAUUCUAGAGGUGUCUGAGAUGGAGCAGAUACGCAUUGAGUGGGAACUGGAGAAGCAGCAGGGGACGAAGCUGCACCCAGCCAAGAGCAGCAGCAGCAGCCAGUUUGACCUGAGAGACAGACAGGGCUUCCCUUUAGGAAAGAGGGAUUUUGAUGAGAAGAGCGGAACCAGUGCAGUAGAGGUGUCAAUUCACAACAGGCUUCAGACGUACCAGUUCAACACCCCCUGGAGCCCAGAGAGCAGUGCCCUACUUAACCAGCAGGGGGCGCUGCUGUGCCAUCUGCAACACCUGUCUCAACAAUCGUCAGCGUCCACUUCACCUGUCCACAUCCAUCUACCUGUCGCCCUGGCGGAGCUGCUGCUGCAGCCAAACCCCCUCAUCCAUUGCCAACAGAUUGUGACGGUGAUCGUCCAGGACAAGAGUGGGCCAGUGUGCAUGGAGGAGGCCUUUUGCAGUCGUAGUCCCACACAUCAGCAGCUUCUCCAGUGUAUGGUGGGUGGCAGCACCACCUCGCUCACCUAUCAGGAGAGGGAGCUCCUCCGAGGGGAAGAACAGCCCCCCACCACCCCCUUACUGUCACUCCAUCCAUCAAUAUAUGUCCCCUGAUCCACACCUUAACCUGCAUAGAAUAUCUAGUAUUGGCUCACCACGGGACCUUGUGUGAUGCCCCUCCAACACCCCCCCCCCCCCCCCCCCCCCCACCAAAUGAAUCUUUGUACAUAUAUAGAACGUAAAACAUGAUCUAUAUUUAUUGAAAUUUAAAGCAAGAAAGAAAAAAAUGACAAAAGUAUUAAAGAAAGUAUUUGCUUAACAUUUGCAGACAAUAUAUAUGAAGUUAAAAUAGUUGAUGAAAUGAAAGCUUGAUUUUUUGUGUAUUUUUCAAUCUUAAGUAGUUUAGAAAGAUUUUUGUCUAAUAGUUCUAGUCCAUUAUGAAAUAUUUUACAUAUAUAUAUAUAUAUCAGUCCAGAAUGAAUGACUGAAUCCCACCAUGAAAAGACAAAGGACAUAUAGCAGCAGGUUAAUCACAGCACUCCUGUAUAGAAAUACUGAACUUGGGCAAGACCCAGAGUUAUAUAGGAUCCUGGUUCUGAUAUCGGCCCUGUAGUGGUGAUCAUCGGGUCCUUGGUUCUGUCAGAUGCACUGAUUCUGUUUCCUCUCCACUCACUCCAUGACAUCUGACAUGUGCUUGACAAUGGCUGACGAACGAACCUUUGAAUUGAGGCUCAUGCUAGAUUUUGAAUAUGUGUUAGUAUGAGCAUAAUGGGGUGUGGUGGUGGUUUGUUCACUAUUCAUUUUGACGGCCAAAAUUGUGUUUGUUGGAACUCCAAGCAGAAUGACUGCAUUUGUUGUCUGACCAUCUAUAGGAGUUUUAGAUGGUAAUGAAGCCUUAUGAUUUAUAGGGUCACAGUGUAUUUCAAUGGCUUCAUGUGGUGUAGUUGACCUCCCUGCUUUAAUCAGAGUUUGAUACUGCAGCUACAUUGACUGUCAUUCUA